AUGGGUCAAACGCAAAGUAUCGCAGCAGAGAUUGAAAUCCAGGCCCCGCCGGCGGCCGUGAGAUCAGUGUUUCUGGAGUUCAGCAAAUACAAGCAGUGGAGCCAGAAGUGGACUCUCGAGCCGACUGAGCCGGGCAAGGAUCCCUCUGAGCUCAAGGAUGGCGAUAAGAUCAAAGUUGACAUGGGAGGGAUGGCAUUCAGUCCAGUCAUUGUGGAAAACACAACAGAGACGCUCCAAUGGGUGGGGUCAGUUCCGCUCUUGUUCGUUGGCAAACAUGAGUUUUGGUUCAACCCGAGUGAGCAAAACUCUGGAGGCACCAGGUUCAUCCGGGUCGAGGAGAUUCAUGGCCUCCUGGCAUUUAUUAUGGCACCAAUUUGGGGUUUCAGGCAGAAGAUUCUUGUUGGAUGGAAUCAGUUCAAUGAAGAUCUGAAGAAAGAAGUCGAGAGUCGCCCGUUCUGA